GCCGGUUGUAUUCGAGCUGAAGACAUCUGAUUAUAGGACCAUUUGUCUACCCGGUUUGCUCUCAUAAACUUACAAAUGCUCACCGAUCAGUUACUCCGACAUAGUUUCUGACUGAUACUAAAACCUCGUGGUGCUGUGCAUUACGACACUAGUGAAUCUGUGCGUAUGGGUGACGUAUCAACCGAUUCAAGCCUUCUUAUCCCAUUCUUAAUGGUCCCGAAUCAAAGUAAACCACUCACUCUCAAACUAAACAGCGUGGCAAGACAAUCUAGCCGAUACUCAGCAAGAGAUCCAAGAUUAAGACGCUAAAUUAAUGCAACCUAAGUCAAACCAGUAUUAUUCUUUAUAAGUAGCAUAAUAUGAAAUAAAAAAUGGAAUCGCUAAAGGAAAGUCCAAGUGUUAUUCUGAGAAAUAGAACUCCACGUGAUAGGAUUAAGGCGCAAGAAGCUGUUCGGGAGUCAUUAUUAACUGAUUCAACAUCAGGAAUUGUGAAAGGUGAUGACGACACUACGAGCAUCGAUUCUUUUUCAAGUCCUGAAUUAGACAUCAGUAAUAAAGAAUCAUUGUUAUAUUUCAAAACUGGAGAAGUGCGUAAGAGUGUGCAGUAUGAAGAAGACUUUGACGGAAUCAAACUUGAUAAUGCAAAUAAUAAUCAAACGAGAAUUAAUAAUUGUGUGCCAGUAACUAAUAAUACGUUCGAAGCUAUUGAAGUUGGUAAAGUUAUGGAAGAUAAGAAAAUUGUAACUAACGAUGCUAAAAAAGUAACUAUACCAGAUGGCGGAUGGGGUUGGGUAGUAGUGCUUUCCUCCUUUGUAAUUUCUAUGAUCGCGGAUGGAAUCAGUUUCUCUUUUGGAUUAUUAUACAUUGAAUUUCUGGAUGAAUUUCAAGCUAGUAAAUCGACUACAGCUUGGAUAGGCAGUCUAUUUAUCGCAGUACCACUACUAUCAGGUCCAGUAAUGAGUGCAUUAGUUGACCGAUAUGGAUGCCGAAGUAUGACAAUAUUGGGAGGUAUUAUUUCAACUAUAGGCUUCGUGCUGGCUUCGAUUUCCACUACUUUAGAAAUGAUGUUGAUCACAUUUGGUGUGAUUGCUGGAUUAGGACUUGGCCUUGUGUACGUGACUGCUGUUGUGUCAAUUGCUUAUUGGUUUGAAAAGAAAAGGAAUCUAGCUGUUGGUUUAGGGGCUUGUGGUACCGGUGUAGGUACAUUCAUUUACGCUCCAAUGACACAGUAUUUUAUUGAAGAGUUUGGAUGGCGAGGAACAAUACUCCUACUAUCUGGUACUUUAUUGAAUUUAUGCGUGUGUGGUUGCGUUAUGCGAGAUCCCGAAUGGUGGAUUUUGGAACAAAAGAAGCAAAGAAACUCAAAGGAUGAUGAUAAAAGUAAUAAAGAUGAUGCCAAAUCUAAACAAUCAAGCUCUGUAUCUAUUGCCAAUGUAUGUUAUGAUAAUGAAACUGUUACACGUGGAAAAAGUAUGAAGAAAUUAAUAAAUAAGGGAUUAUCACCAGAACAAGUGAUAAAAGAUGAAGUGACCAUUAUACAAAAACAAGAAAAUGUUUUUUUGAAUAAACAGUGUAGUAAGCGAAAUUCUGAAUCAUUAGUUAAUAUACCGACGUACCUCACUUACGAUGAUAAGGUGUCUAAAAUAAUACUGGAUGCACUAGUAAAUGAUGCUAGUCAUAAAAAUGAUGCAGAUAUAAAAGUGCCAUCAUUUAAAUCGCAUUCUUUAGAAGAAAAAGAAUAUGAAAAUAGUCCGCCUAUAGUUAAAUUUACAAACGACGCUCUCCAAAGAACACAUUCCGAAAAAUUUGAUCAUAGUAAGGAAAAGAUUUUAGAGAAUUGUCAAUUAAAACAUCCAAAGUUAGGCCAAUUGAGGAAAUCUUUGUCAGAAACAAAAGAAAAUAAGCCUUUAAUAAAGCAAGACAGUAAAGAAAGCAGACGGGAUUGGUUCAAGAAACAGCUUUCAAUUAACCAUCACUACUUAAAGGACUUGAAAAUGCCGUUGAAUUCAAUAAGUCAUCGAAACGCAAUGCUUAAUAUAAAAAGAUAUAAGUUAAAAGCGUCUUCCUGCCCAGAUAUUUUUAAGAACUCUAUGAUAACUGUGAAUGAACAAGAAGAGAAAUGGUAUGACGAUUGCCUCAGCUGCCUCGCUGAUAUGUUCAACGUGAACCUCUUUAAGAAGAUCACCUUCAACCUCCUAUGCUUUGGCACUAUCAUCAUAUUCGUAUGGUUUAUAGUCCCAUACUUCUACCUCGCUGAGCAUAUGAUACAAGAGGGGUAUUCGGAAGACGAUGGUGCAUUUAUGUUGAGUUUGAUUGGCAUUACUAAUACUAUUGGAAUGGUAUCGCUUGGCUGGAUAGGGGACUUCCCGAAAGUCUCAAUCAGCAACCUGUAUGCAGUUUGCCUGAUACUCUGCGGAGCGUCAGUAGCAGCCAUACCCAAAGCAGCGUCAAACUAUUGGAUUCUCGCUUCUAUUUGCUCCUCCUUUGGAUUGCUUUUCGCCGCAUCGUUCACUUUUACACCGAGCUUGUUGGUUACGCUGGUGUCUUUGGAUGAUUUCACGUCGGCAUAUGGAUUGGUUUUGUUAGCUCAGGGUAUUGGGCAUUUGAUUGGGCCGCCUUUGUCAGGUCUCAUUUACGACCUCACUUCAUCCUGGGAGCUCUCAUUUUACCUCGCCGGAGGCUGGAUCGUGGUCGCAGGGGUGCUGAUAUCUUUCAUACAUCCCGUAAAGAAGUACCAGCAGAAACGCGAGGCAACUGAGGAGUGUGAAAUCAGUAUGGCAUAGAUACGAUACCAAUAACUUGCUUACUUGUUCUCUUUUUGACGGGACAAACACGAGCUCUGCGGAAUAAAAAUAGCCAAAGACAAAAAGCCAUAUUUAAUUUUCAAACUUGGUGAUAAGCAGGGGUUCCAGUUUAGUUCCAUAUAUUUUUUUUACCAAUUUUAUUUAAUUGAUUGAUUAGUGGUAAAGUCUUUUCAGUUGCAUGUUCGACCAAAUCAUGAGGUCUUUAGUGCGAUGCCCUAUUCAGUAAUAGGUGUUUAUGCCAACAUGUUCUUAGCUUAGCCCGAAGUUAAGACACGGGAAUUUUUACCUUUCUGUACCUCGAAGAGCACGUUUAAAUUCUUUACUGUUGUCGUAAAGAAGUUUCCUAUUGUCCUAUGCAGUCAGGUUUCUUCGCUAGUUGGAAAGGAAAAAUGGAAGGACAAACUGGUUUAGGCGCUUCAUGAGAAAUAAUUGUCCAUUUUUGCGACGCAUACUGCAGACUCCUCGCAAGAUAUUGUCUCAACAAGCUUAAAGAUAGUAAUAAGGCAUCAGUUACGCAUACCUAAUUAGGUAAAAAAAACAUUCCUACUAAACGUUAUGUUUUUCAGACGGCUUUUAGUACACAUAAUUGUUGUAAUUUGUUUUAAUUGUUUUCGUGAUUACCUUAAUGUUUAUUUGGGUUAUCCAUGUAAUUAAACACUGCCCAUCAUAAUAUCAACCCAUUAUCGGCCCACUACAGGGCACGGGUCUCCUCCUACAAUGAGAGGGCGGUCAAGGCAAGGUAGUCCAGAGUCCUUCACGCUGGCCCAAUGCGGAUCGGUGGACUUCACACAUCUUAUGGAGUACUCUGAGGCAUGCAGGU